GAGGAGCUGCGGCCUCGCCUGUGCCACAUAAAGAAGGGCCCCAAUGGCUACGGCUUCAACCUGCACAGUGACAAGAGCCGCCCGGGGCAGUACGUGCGUGCUGUCGACCCCGACUCGCCAGCUGAGGCAGCAGGGCUGGCCUCCCAGGAUCGCAUCAUUGAGGUGAAUGGGGUGUGCAUGGAGGGCAAACAGCAUGCUGACGUGGUGGCGGCCAUCAAGGCUGGCGGUGAUGAGACCAGGCUGCUGGUGGUGGAUGUCCUCACAGACGAGUUCUUCAAGAAGUGCAAGGUGGUGCCCUCGGAGGAUCACCUGGCAGGUCCCUUGCCAGAACCAGUUGCCAAUGGCGAUAUAGGGAAGGAAAAUGGUGGAGAGUCGCGGUCCAACUCAGUGUCUGAGAGCCCGUCCAGCCCUGUGCCGCUGGCAGUGUCCCCUGAAUCUGGCGAGACCCAGAGCGAGUCCGACACGCAGGAGGGUGACAAACGCCAUUCAGCAACCGGCUCCCUCCUGGACCUCGAUAUCCCAUUGGCGGUGGCCAAGGAACGGGCGCACCAGAAGCGCACCAGCAAGCGGGCACCCCAGAUGGACUGGAGCAAGAAAAACGAACUGUUCAGCAACCUGUGA